AAUAAAUCAAGAUGGCUGCCUGCUAAAUGAUUUGUAGUGUACUAUGUUUCGGUGAAUGUUUGCCACCCGUUCCCCACCGAAGAUGAUAAAUGAAGGGGAUUAUGUGAUUUUAAAGAAGGAGAAUGUCAUAAAAGCUGUGAGAAUUCGUAAGGGAAGGAAGGAAGCUUUUGAUAAGUUACACUUUACUUUGGAUAAUGCAAUUGGUUUACCUCUGGGAUCAUUAUUUGAGGUAAAAGGGGGCAAGCUGAACAGAUUAGAUUUAACAGAGGAUGUUGACGAACUUCUUGCAGCAAAGGACGAUGUUGCAGAUGAUAAAAGUAAUCGCUUCCUACAAAAUGAUGGCACUUCACAGAAGUUGUCCAGAGAUGAAAUAAUGAAUCUCAAAGCACAAGGAGUUAGUGGCAAGGACAUUGUUGAACAUCUGGUAGAGAACAGUAUGACAUAUAACGAGAGGACACAGUUUUCUAAAGCAAAGUACAAGAACAAGAAAAUGAAAAAGCAUUUUGUGAGAUUUUCAAUACUGAGGCCUACCACUGAUCUCAUAGCACAAAUGUACUAUUGCAGAGGAGCUUCAAAAAUAUGUGACCUCAGACUUGACACACUGUCUCAGAUUCUAACACUGUCAAAUGUAAGAGCACACUGUUGUAUUAUGGUGGCAGAAAGUUGUCAAGGGAUGGUGGCAGGAGCUCUACUGGAGAGAAUGGGGGGCCAUGGAAGUCUUGUUCAGAUUUAUUCUGGUGAUUUUCCAGGAAGACAGGCACUAGAUUAUUUCAACUUUCCUAAGCAUUUUUUGGGAUGUUUGAUUGGAUUUGCAAUGGAUAAAGUAACAACACUGGGCCAAAGCAAAGGUGCUGAAAAGAGAUCAGCAUCAAUUACUGAGGCAAAUAGUUCCACAGUUCGGGAUCAAGAAACUGCAAGUGAGCUCUCGGAAAAUGGCGACAACUCAGGAAAGGAUCAGGAGGAACUAGAAGGUGGAAACUCCAUGAACGAGGAGGAAAAAUCCGCGCGGAGAUUGUGCAGAAAAAUUGAGGAAGCAAGAGCUCGAGAAGAAUUAGAACGUGGAAAUUUAGACAGUUUGGUUGUCGUGAGCCGUUUUCAGCCUAGCCUCAUUGUAAUGUCUCUCCUUCCUCGUCUUGCCCCAUCCAGACCCUUUGUGGUUUAUUGUCAGUACAAAGAGCCUUUGAUGGAGUGUUAUGUAAAUUUGAGGGAGAAAGGUACAGCUAUUAAUAUUCAUCUGUCUGAAACAUGGUGGCGACAUUAUCAGGUUCUCCCUGCCCGCACACACCCGGAAAUCAACAUGAAUGGUACAGGAGGGUAUCUUCUGUCCGGGAUAACAGUCGAACCAGACACACCCACCACAGAGACACUACAACAAGCCAAGAAACCUAAACUUGACGAAUGUGGUUGACUAGAAAUAAUAUUGAAUUGACUGUUAAUUACGUCAAUUUUUUUGCCAUCGUUAAUUAUUUAAAAGACAAUGGUUUGUUAUUCGUCUUGUCGCACGCAUGAAGCAGAGAUAAAAUAGGAGUUCCCCUUGCGAGAAUUUAAACCCCAGACCGUUGUAAGAAUUUCGCGUUCCAAGGCUCUACCACUGAUCUUCACAUAACUCGCUGGUAUUAAGCUACUUGUAGGUUUCUAUAUAACAAGCGUUGUACAUAUCUCUCAGAUGAAUGACGUCGGAAGUGUUGAGUGUGUGAAUUUCUUGCUCAAUGAAGAAAGAUUUCAUUCAUUUUUUAUGAGCGUGAAAUAAAACGCCCUCGAGACAAAUCAAAACCA